AUGAAUUCGCAAAGUGACGAAGUACGCGUUCUAUUGAAUACAUGCAAUAAAAUUUUCGUCCAACGUGACUAUUCAAAAGGACUGGGCGUCCAGUUUGAAACCACGUUUCCAGUUGCGCUUGAAGGGAAGAUCAGUGAACAAGCAUGGGCAUAUACAAUUAAUACGCUCAACUCGUACUACACCAAAGCUGAAGAAGUUUGCUGCGCAACCGUACUCGAAACACUAACCGGAUGUCUUUCAUGUUACCUUUCCAGGCUUUUUGUAAAGACACAAUACGAGAAAUCAUUAAUGGAAAUUAGUCGGUUUUUGGCAGAACAAAAUACGAAUGUAUACCUUCCAUCAGGUGUACAUUUGACAGAUCCCAUUCAGCGUGGUCUCCGUGUGUUCGAGAUCAGUUUAAUACAAACAUCACAUCAAAGUGAUGUAACUCCAGAAGCAAAUUAUGCCUUAGGCUUGGAUGGAACAAAGUAG